CAAGCCCCUUCUUCUCCUUCUCUCUCCUUAAUUUCUGCUUUUAUUUUUCCUCUUAGCUCUCUCAGCUUAGGGAAGCUUAGGAAACAGUAGUAUAGCAAACAAGAAAGAACCAUUUUUCUCAAGAAUUUCAAUACCCUCUUCUUCUCUCCCCUCUCUUUUCUUGUUAAAAGGAAAGAAAAGAAAGGAAAAGAAAAGAAAAUGAACAGAAAAGAGAAGCAAAGAAAAGGGGAGGCUUAGCUUCUUCCUUGUAUUUGAAGACGCUUUCUGUGAAGAUGUUUGAUUCCUUAAGCCCAUGCACACUUGAAGUUUCUCAGAUUCCCUUCACUUUUCCUUCCUUUUGUAGAAAAUCCAUCCAUACCCAAGUGCUUAAAUCCCUUUGUCUUUGCUUCAAGUCCUUCCAAACUCAAUUCCCCUGAGAAAAUUAUCAACAAAACAUGGUCCCCUUCAUUGCUUUGACCUUUCUCUCUAUUCUUAGCACCUCUUGUUCUGCUUCUUUAGUCAGUGAUUUUAACGUUUUAGUCUCACUUAAACAAGGAUUUGCAUUCCCAGAACCAGGCUUGAGCACAUGGAAUUCGUCGAAUCCAAGCUCAGUUUGUUCUUGGAAUGGAGUUGUUUGCUCUCGCGGGCGAGUUGUGUCAUUAGACUUGACAGAUUUGAAUCUGUAUGGCUCUGUUUCACCUCUGAUUUCAAGGCUUGAUAAGCUCACCAACUUGUCUCUUGCAGGAAACAACUUCACAGGCACCAUUGAAAUUGUCAGGCUGAGUAACAUUCGGUUUAUUAACAUCUCAAACAAUGAAUUCAAUGGUGGUUUGGAUUGGAACUACUCAGAAAUGGAAAACUUGGAAGUGUUCGAUGCUUACAACAAUAACUUCACUGCUUUCCUUCCUCUUGGGAUUUUGAGCUUGAAGAAACUCAAGUACUUGGAUCUUUGUGGCAAUUACUUCUAUGGCAAAAUCCCAGCAAGCUAUGGGAAACUGGUGGGGUUGGAGUAUCUUUCGCUUGCAGGAAAUAAUCUUCAUGGAAAAAUCCCUGGUGAGUUGGGCAAUCUCACAAACUUGAGGGAGAUUUACUUGGGGUAUUACAAUGUUUUCGAAGGUGGGAUUCCCGCAGAGUUUGGAAAUUUGGUGAAUCUAGUUCACAUGAAUUUACCACAAUGUCAACUAGAUGGUCCAGUUCCGAGUGAGCUAGGAAAACUGAAGCUGCUUGAUACUCUAUAUCUACAUGCCAAUCAUCUUUCAGGUUCUAUUCCAAAGGAGUUAGGCAACCUGACCAACUUGGUGAAUCUUGACCUCUCCAACAACGCACUUACUGGUGAAAUCCCUUUUGAGUUCAUCAAUCUCAAGAAACUGAAGCUCUUCAAUCUCUUCUUGAAUAGACUACACGGCUCCAUUCCAGACUAUGUUGCAGAAUUGCCUGAUUUGGAAACACUGGCGCUAUGGAUGAACAAUUUCACUGGUGAGAUUCCUCGCAAACUUGGCCAAAAUGGGAAGCUUCAGACUCUUGAUUUGUCCUCAAAUAAGCUCACUGGUACAAUCCCACAUGACUUGUGUUCCUCUAAUCAGUUGAGGAUUCUAAUUCUCCUGAAGAAUUUCCUCUUUGGGCCAAUCCCAGAAGGUCUGGGGACAUGUUAUAGUCUCACUAGAUUGAGGUUGGGGCAGAACUACUUGAAUGGCAGCAUUCCAAAUGGCUUCAUUUACUUGCCUCAGUUGAAUUUAGCAGAAUUGCAGAACAACGUCCUGUCAGGAACGUUAUCAGAGAACGUUAAUAGCUCGUCUAAACCUGUUAAAUUAGGCCAACUCAAUUUGUCAAACAAUCUCCUCUCAGGUCCUUUGCCAUUAUCGCUUUCUAAUUUCUCUUCCCUCCAAAUCCUUCUGCUUAGUGGAAAUCAAUUUUCAGGUCCAAUUCCACCUUCCAUAGGAGACCUCCAUCAAGUACUAAUGCUUGAUCUUAGCAGAAAUUCACUUUCAGGUCCAAUUCCACCUGAAAUAGGAAACUGUUUCCAUCUCACUUUCCUUGACUUGAGCCAGAACAACCUCUCUGGCUCGGUCCCAACAGAGAUAUCCAACAUCCAUAUCUUGAACUACUUGAACUUGUCAAGAAACCACUUGGACCAAACAAUACCAAAAUCCAUUGGUUCCAUGAAAAGCCUCACUGUUGCUGAUUUUUCUUUCAAUGAUUUCUCCGGAAAGCUACCAGAAUCUGGCCAGUUCUCCCUCUUUAAUGCCUCCUCUUUUGCAGGCAAUCCUCAACUUUGUGGUUCUUUCCUUAACAAUCCUUGCAAUUUCACCACCAUCACCAAUACACCAGGAAAAGCCCCAAGUGACUUCAAGCUCAUCUUCGCUCUAGGCCUGCUGAUAUGCUCUCUGAUAUUUGCAACUGCUGCCAUAAUCAAGGCCAAGUCUUUCAAGAAAAACAGCUCUGAUUCUUGGAAGCUGACAGCUUUCCAAAAGCUAGAAUUCACAGUCACAGACAUCCUGGAAUGUGUGAAAGAUGGAAAUGUAAUUGGUAGAGGAGGAGCUGGGAUUGUAUACCAUGGGAAAAUGCCAAAUGGGGUCGAAAUUGCAGUUAAAAAAUUACUUGGUUUUGGCACCAACAGCCAUGAUCAUGGCUUUAGAGCAGAAAUUCAAACACUAGGCAACAUUAGGCAUCGAAACAUCGUUAGAUUGCUCGCUUUCUGCUCCAACAAAGAAACCAACUUGCUGGUUUAUGAAUACAUGAGAAAUGGAAGCCUAGGAGAAGCAUUACAUGGCAAAAAGGGUGCCUUCUUGGGUUGGAAUUUGAGGUACAAAAUUGCCAUUGAUGCUGCUAAAGGCCUGUGUUACCUUCACCAUGAUUGUUCACCAUUGAUUGUUCAUCGAGACGUAAAAUCCAACAACAUUCUAUUAAAUUCAAGCUUCGAAGCACACGUUGCAGAUUUCGGAUUAGCAAAGUUCCUCAUUGAUGGGGGAGCAUCGGAGUGCAUGUCAGCAAUUGCAGGGUCUUAUGGUUAUAUUGCUCCUGAAUAUGCAUACACAUUGAAGGUGGACGAGAAGAGUGAUGUGUAUAGUUUUGGGGUUGUUCUCUUAGAGCUUCUCACCGGUCGGCGGCCGGUCGGCGAUUUCGGUGAAGGGGUAGAUAUUGUACAAUGGAGCAAAAGAAUGACGAAUAAUCGCAGAGAAGAUGUGAUGCAUAUUGUUGAUCCAAGACUAACAAUAGCACCUAAAGAUGAAGCAAUGCAUUUCUUUUUCAUUGCAAUGUUGUGUUGCCAAGAAAAUAGCAUUGAACGCCCUACAAUGAGAGAAGCAGUUCAAAUGCUAUCGGAAUUCGCUCGCAACUCUCCAGACUAUUCUCAAAAAUUAAAAAAUGAUAAAAAAGAAAAAACUUAUGCGAAAUCUAAACAGGACCUUUUGGCUUAAGAGACUUGAAUUUUUUUUUUUAUUUCUUAAGUAUUUUAAUGGUGUCUUUUGGCUUGAUUUUUGUUAUAGCUUUUCUCCUCUCUCUCUAUAAAUGUUCAAAGUAUAUUUUUCUUUCUAAUUCUUGAGCUUAGAAUUAGGCAUAGGAGUUUUGGUGACCAUAUAGAUAAUGUAGGAAUAAUUUGUGGGUUGCACUUCUUUUUAAGGAGUGUCCCCUUAGCUGUAGAGCUUGCAAUCUUUUUAUUAAUGGGGUCAUGCAUGCUCUUUGUAUUGUACACUCUUCUCUAUACAAUGCUAUAUUUGAUUGCUUUA